CAGAGUUUCCAGUUGUCUUGAACUUACUGAAGUCGGGAGAUUUCCGAGUUCCCAGUCGUUCUGAAUACGGCAUUGAAGGGCCAAACACAUGGCUUGCGUCGGGUGUUGGGGGUUUACGUCAUGACGUUGACGAGGAAGUGAACACGUGUGAGGAAAAAUAAGAAGUCUACAAACCUUGAGAAAGUUCUUCCUCAACUGUGAACUUCAACAUGGCUGUCAGGGCAUCUUUCGAGAAGAACCCCGAAAUAGGCUGCUUCGCCAAAUUAACAAACACAUAUUGCCUAGUUGCAAUUGGUGGGUCAGAGAACUUCUAUAGUGUCUUUGAAGGCGAGUUGUCAGAAACCAUCCCAGUUGUACAUGCCUCAAUAGCAGGAUGUCGGAUAAUUGGAAGAAUGUGUGUGGGGAAUCGUCAUGGACUCCUGGUGCCCAACAACACUACUGACCAGGAGCUGCAGCACAUUAGGAAUUGUCUUCCAGGCACGGUGAAGAUCCAGAGGGUCGAGGAGCGGCUCUCAGCACUGGGGAAUGUCAUAGCCUGUAAUGACUAUGUGGCCCUGGUGCAUCCUGAUCUGGACAGGGAGACCGAGGAGAUCCUGGCGGACAGUCUGAAGGUGGAGGUGUUCCGUCAGACAGUAGCAGAGCAAGUUCUAGUGGGGAGCUACUGUGCCUUCAGCAAUCAGGGGGGACUGGUACACCCCAAAACCUCCAUAGAAGACCAGGAUGAGCUCUCCUCCCUACUCCAAGUGCCUCUGGUGGCUGGAACAGUGAACCGUGGUAGCGAGGUCAUCGCCGCAGGGAUGGUGGUAAAUGACUGGUGUGCCUUCACUGGGCUGGACACCACCAGCACAGAGCUGUCCGUCAUCGAGAGUGUGUUCAGACUGAGCGAGGCGCAGCCCAGUGCCAUUGCUACCACGAUGAGAGACUCUCUAAUUGACAGCCUCACAUAAGAUGCCAUUCCGCCUUGAAUGAAAGGUUCGAGUCAUCCCUGAAAAUCUGUUGCAGAACACUUGCUGUCAUUUGAUAUGGUUAACACCUUCCACGUUUAGCAUUGGAAAUUUGUAUAGUAUGUCAAUGCUAGACUUCAUAAUUUCUUAGAGAUGCUCCGGUACUAGGAAAUUAUUUCUUAAACCUCCUGCUUUGGGCUGGAUGUGUCAAUGUGUAGAUCAUGCAUAAUAUAUGACAAUAAUUACUUUCUUACCUCAAUUAGCCAUGUCAUCCGUAGUUUGAAAGCGACUCUUCUUGAAGGUGUGCUGCGCCAUUUUCCUUACAUUUUCCCCCAUA